CUCUGCACGAGAAGGUGGAAAAACUGCUCGGCGCAUGCAGAUGCGGCAAGCUCGCCAGACUCUGUGGGAUCCCGGUGCGAUCGAUAGCAAAAUUCUGGAUGACAAUACGGCGACGAUUCUCGAGCUGCAUAUUACAGUGCACGGCGACCGCAUCAUUGUUGCGAGGUAACCCCCGUACCUGAUCAAACCUCUCUGACGGCAACAUUCCCCGCAGUAGCAGUUCAUGCACAUCGGAUCGCGAAGCGAUUGGAUUGAUCGAACUUUGCAACUUUAUCUUUUAGUAGCCCAACAUUCGGGGACAGGGUUUGACGCUGGCUGGCCCAUAUAAUCACCCGUACCCGUACUGAAUAUCCGAGGUCGUCCGAGUGUUUCUCUGCCACCAUCGACACUUCGACCAUGACGGCGGUCCCCAUUGUCAACGCCAACCUGGUAACCGUGGCUCUGGAGAGUCUCCUGUAUGGGGUCUUCUUGGUUCUCGCUGCGACUUCUAUGUAUCUCCACCUCGCUCGGGCGGGAUCUCAGCGAUCAUCCUAUGGCUCCAUGUCAGCGGCAUUCUUCACGCCGGUCAUCCUUGGUUCGUCCUUGGUGAUCUGUACUGUGACUGGGCACUGGAUCAUGACAGUGGUUCGCCUCUUCGAUGCAUUUGUGAACUGGGAAGGGGGGACCAUGCCUAUACUUUAUUAUUCCGACCUUGCCCUCACAACCGAGGUGGUCAAGACUGCGUUUCUCAUCGCAACGUUGAUCACAUCCGACGUACUCUUUAUUUACCGACUCUGGACCGUCUGGGGCUACAACUACUAUGUCAUCAUUCUCCCUACGUGCACAGUUCUCGGUCUCUGCGUGGCGGGACCGGGCGUGUGCUACCAGUUAAGUCGGGUAGCAUCGGGUGAAACGGUGUUCGUGAAACAACUAGCGCGAUGGAUUUCUGCUGACUAUGCGUUCACAUUCGCCACAAAUGUCUAUAGCUCUAGUGGGAUUGCAUGGCGAGUAUGGCGUGCACGUAAACACGCAAGUGCAUACGGAGGCGGCAACCUUAUGCGAGUUCUCGCGACAAUCGUAGAGAGUGCCGCGUUCUAUACAUCAUACACAAUCUUCUUUUUCGCCGCCUACGAAUCGAACAACAACAUUCAGUACACUGCUGUCGAUACUCUGUGCCCAGUGGCCGGAAUCGCGUUUAUGAUGAUCAACGUCCGUGUCGCUCUGGGCUGGGCACAACAGGCACACCCGUCUUCUAGCUCGUCGGGUGCAGUCAUUUCACGACGCGGCGCAGAGCAGUCGUUCGCGAUGCGUCCGGUGGCAGUCGACAUCACAAGGGUCGUGCACAAGGAGGACGAUAUGGGCCAACCGAUAAAGAGCGACUACUCUUCCGAGGUUUGAGGCUCCUCGCUGUGCCGCGAUGGCACGCAUGGAGUGAGGCCGUGUACGUGUAGAACAUGUACAUAGACUAGAUGGAGGGCGCUAGCUUGGGUGCCACCGUCCAAGGGCUUAGCCGAGCGAGCAAGCGAUGGCCUGAUGUGCCUAGUGUCAGGGUUACCAUACACAUUCACACCUGUUCUAUUGCUCGCAUAUUUUAUCACUAUCUUUACAGCAUCAUUCUUUCGUUUUGUUUGAACGUAGCGGAGGUUCACCCAAACUCCUCGACAGCUAAUCUUUUAUCUUCCACACAGGAUAGUGUUUGGACUUUGUGCCGCACGGAUAUGCACAUGGGCUUCCUUGCUCAAUGUUGAGUCUCGUCCCCGCCUCGGUGCGU